AUGCAAGCAUAUCAGACGACCUCUCCUCGUAUGGCUAAUAAAACGUCCACCGCAACAAAGAAAACGUCGUACCAGGCAACAGAGCCGGCUCCUCAACAGCAGCCGGCAAUCCCCAAGUACAUCCCCAAAGAUGAGAUCGAGUGGGAGUUCGGUGGCCCUCUUGGUGCCCUGGGAAUGAUGACCGGUUUCCCUGCCCUGAUGUACUACAUGUGGAUCUCGGCUAGAUUCUACCAUGGGUCUCCAGCGUGGCCCACCCAGGACCAAUCGUGGUCGCAGUUCCUUGAACUCCUGGUUGGCUACGUCAAAUCCGACGCAAACCCUUCCUUCUUCUCCAUGUUUGUGUUCUUCUCUUACAUCUUCCUCCAAGCCGUCUUCUACGUCACUUUGCCCGGCAUCUGGACAAAAGGCCAGCCGCUUGCGCACAGAAAUGGUGAGCAGCUGCCAUACUUUUGCAACGCUUACAUCACCUUCUACGUCAACUUCAUCGUGGUGUCUGUGCUGCACUACCUCAACAUCUUCAAGAUCUACUACAUCGUUGACAACUUUGGUGAGAUCAUGACCUGCGCCAUCUUCUCGGGUAUCUCGUUCUCCAUUCUGUUGUACCUCUACACUCUCUACGUCUCCAAGGAUUAUCUCAGAAUGACCGGUAACCCUAUCUACGACGUUUUCAUGGGGGCUCCACUCAACCCAAGAAUUGGAAUCAUCGACCUCAAGAUGUUCUUCGAGGUCAGACUCCCUUGGUACACGCUGUUCUUCCUCUCCUAUGGCUUGUGCCUUAAACAGUACGAGGAAUACGGCCAGAUCUCCACCCAGGCCUGGUUCAUGCUCUUGGCACACUAUCUGUACGCCAACGCAUGCUCCAAGGGUGAAGAGCUUAUUGUUCCAACCUGGGACAUGGCAUACGAGAAGUUUGGAUUCAUGCUCAUCUUCUGGAACAUUGCCGGUGUUCCAUACACCUACUGCCACGGAACCUUGUAUCUGUAUUACCACAACCCAGAGGAGUAUAACUGGUCUACGGGCUACAACGUGUUCUGUUUUGCUCUUCUAUUAGUGGCAUACUACUUCUUUGACACUUGCAAUGGCCAAAAGAACUCGUUCCGCAAGAUCAUGGCCGGCGACACCCAGAUCCGUAAGUCGUUCCCGUUCCUGCCUUACCAGGUGCUCAAGAACCCAAGAUACAUCAAGUGUGCAAACGGAUCUGUGCUGCUUACAGACGGAUGGUACAAGUACGCCAGAAAACUUCACUACACGGCCGACUGGUUGCAAUCGUGCUCGUGGGGACUGAUCUGCGGCUUUGGCUCGUUCUUCCCGUGGUUCUUCCCGGUCUUUUUCUUCAUUGUGCUUGCUCAUAGAGCCCAUAGAGACAUCGCCAAGUGCAAGAAGAAGUAUAAAGCCGACUGGGAUAAGUAUGUCAAGGAAUGUCCGUACGUGUUCAUUCCGUACGUGUUUUAG